GCGGGUCAGAGUUAUGAGGAAAGUUCAGCUGGAGAUUUCUGAUGUUCGUUAGUUGCAGCGGUGCGGAGUUUGUAGCAUUUUAGUGAACUUUUAAGGACUUUUAUGUAGUUUUUUUUCUCGCUUUCUCCUCCUUCCCGCCGCUGUAAGAGCUGAUGGGUUAAUGUGGGCGGUGAAUGUGGAGUUUAGAGGCUGUAAUUUGGGGUAAAUCAGGGUAAAUAUUGGCUGUACUGAAGCUCUGAGUGAUAGAGAUCAGUUGUUUUGGUGCAGCGCGGCCUCCUCCUCCUCCUCCUUCUCCUCCUCCUGAGUUCAGGUUCAGAGUUCACCACUGGCCUCAUAUCCACACACUUAUUGAGCGAUGUCUCAGAAUGUCCGUAAUGAUGAUGUGAACUGUCUCGGGGAGCUGAAGCGUGGAGAUCUGGAGGAGCUUUUGAUGGAUGAUUAUGAGGGCACCGACACCGUUACAGAACAUGAACCUGAUGCAGGGAGAGAGAACACCAGCUUCAAGAAGAAACUACAGUUUAUCAGGACAGGUAUCAACAAAGAAAUCACAGGGUACAAAUGCUACAGACUGGCUGCAGUGGGUCUGGGUCUGCUGAGUGUUCUCCUGUUGACUGCCAUCACUGUCCAGCAGCUCAUGUUUAGAACAGAGACAAGCCACCAACAGACCAACUUCACCAACCAGAUUAUAGAGAGAGACCAGUCACAGACCAGCAACACCCACCAGACAACAGAGAGAGACCAGUUACUGACCAAUUUCACCAGUCUCGCCAAAGAGAGAGACCAGUUACUGACCAAUUUCACCAGCCUCACCAAAGAGAGAGACCAGUUACUGACCAAUUUCACCAGUCUCGCAAAAGAGAGAGACCAGUUACAGGAGGAGCGAGACCAGCUACAGAAGGAGCGAGAUGAUCUGCAGAAGAGGCUUUCAAAACUAACUGAAGAAGAAUGGAAGUUUUUCGGGUCCGGGUCUUACUUCAUCACUCGUGUGGAGAGGGGCUGGAGAGAGAGCAGGGAUUUCUGCAGGGUGAGAGGAGCAGACCUGCUGAUCAUCAACAGCAGAGAGGAACAGGAGUUCAUCAAUAAAGAAUUUGGCAACACUGAAGCUUGGAUUGGUCUGACGGACCAGCGAAUAGAGGGGGUCUGGAAAUGGGUGAACGGCUCCCCGCUGACCAUUCAGUUCUGGGCUCUGGGGGAACCUAAUGAUUAUGAAAAUGAUGACUGCGCUAUAACCGGCUUCAAGAAAUCUACAUCUGAUAUAUUAGUCUGGGCUGACUAUCCCUGCUUUCACCCGGUAGUCGGGAUCUGUGAGAAAAGCUCAGCUUAAUGAAUCAUCAUUAUAAGCUCUGUCGUAAUCCAAGUAUUUACAUUUUAAACAUCCAUCAAUGUGGAUGAGAUUCCUUCCAGAAUCGCUGAGUGUCUGUUGCAUGGACAACUCCAGCCAGAAGCCGUCGGUCCCUAUCAUUACCAACUCCCAUAAAUGACCAGUGGUCACUCAACUUCACUCACAAGAUAACACCUCACAACUUUACAUACCAGUAUAGGUUUAUGGCUAUAAAAAACAUGUACUCGUUUUUGCACAAAAUUGCUCUCACAUAAAGUGAUUUUAUCAGCUCUAUUUUUGCCGUUUAAGGGCUUUGCCACUUUUAUGCAAAUAAACUUUUCUGGCCAUGCCA